AAGAGUCAUCGCCUACAACACAUUCUCAUUCUAAAAUCUACACCCUUUAUUUUUGAGCCGGGGAAUGGAAUUCGAAGACUUGCUACCGGUGAUCGCCGGUAAACUGGGCGGUGAGGGACUGAUUGAUGAGCUUUGCAAGGGGUUUCAGGUGCUGAUGGACAAGGAGAAGGGGGUGAUCACCUUGGAGAGUUUGAGGAAGAACUCUGCUACAAUGGGUUUGCAGGAUUUUAAAGAGGAAGAGCUUGCGAGCAUGAUGAGGGAAGGAGAUCUGGACGGUGAUGGUGCACUCUCUCAGAUGGAGUUCUGCGUUUUGAUGUUCAGAUUGAGUCCACAGUUGAUGCAGGACUCUUGGUUUUGGCUCCAACAGGCUCUUCACCAUAACAACAACGCUUCCCUUUGAACUCAUUUCCAGGUUCUUCCAAAAACGACUCCGUUUUCACAAUUGAAAUCGGAUGGUAGAAAUACACCCUCACUCAAUAAUGUAUUACUCCUAUUUCAUAUUAUGUUUCUUGAAUCAUACAAUUUUAUGUUUAUUCUAACAC